AUGUCCGAUUUUGAGGCGUUGCCAGUUCAUCAUGGCCAAAGAACGUUUGAAAGACCGGGUUCAGACAUUAAGAAGAAAGGUAGUCUUCGGAAAUUGAAGACAAUGAAGAAGAAGUUUUUUGUAUUGCGGGGAACAAGUAGCAGUGGACCAGCUCGGCUAGAAUAUUACGAUUCCGAAAAAAAGUUCAACCUUAAUCAUGCUCCCAAACGUUCCAUCGAUCUUCAUACAUGUUUUAAUAUUAAUAAACGAGUGGACCGGAAACAUAACUACGCCAUUGCUUUAUAUACAAAAGACGAUUGUUUCACGGUUCUCGCAGAAAAUAAAGCGGAGCAAGAUGAUUGGUUGUCAGUAUUAUUAGAAUAUCAACUACAAUACGUGUACCAUGACGAGAAUCGAGAACAUUUUGGUGAGUUGCUUCUUUACUCCUGUUCAAUGAGAGAACCUAGCUUGUCAAAUCUGUCAAAUGUGAUAACCCAUCUGUAUAUCAUGUCAGUUGGAAAUAAAAAAAUAGUUGCUCAUGUAUGGCAAGUGAAUAUCAAAUCGAAAGGGUUAGCUUUAAGUCCUGAACAUAAACAUCUUCGAGGCUGUCAUCGCUUGUGUUUAUCCUCUCAGAAUAUCUGUAUUGUAAAGUUAAACACCGACAGACCCAUAUACGUCUUUCAGCUAGCUACAGUUCGCUCUCUAGGUAUUAGUGAUUGUUUAUUCCGAAUGGAAGUUGGUAGCAUGGCGUCAACGGGUCCUGGAGAGCUCUGGAUGCAGGUGGAAGACUCCAGUACGGCUCACACCAUGCAUGAUUGUAUAUUCCAGUAG